AUGACAACGAGUGCUAGUGGCAGCCAGCAGGAUGCGUCCGUUUCGCCGCCUACCAACAAGUCUGCAGCGGGAAAGCUCUCCCCGCGUCUACAAGAGCUACUGGAUCGCUAUGAUUACUAUGACGACCACUACUCUUCAUACUCCGUCGACUCAACCGACACCAACUACCGCUACGCAGCCUACGGAAGCCGCAUUCGUACAAUCCUCCUCUCCGCCCACCGCUACGUCGCCUACACCUCAGACAUAGGCGAAUCCUUCCGCCCAGUCGCACACCCAUGGCUCAUCCGCUCCGCCUACGGUAUCUCCUGGGCCUAUCUGAUCGGCGACGUAAGCCAUGAAGGCUACAAAGCUUACACGCGCAACCGGCUCGCUCUCGUCCCACCAGGCGAAGCAUACAAGGAUGCCAGCGAGGUUCCGCAGAAGCAUAUCAUCCGUGGCAUGGCGACAGGCAACCUCUCUCGUCCGUUGAGUGGGUCCGACGCGUUGGAACCCUGGCCUACGACUGAGAUCUCGCUUGCGGAGGAUUAUCGUAUGGUUAUGGCGAAGCGCGCGGUUUUCCAGAGUAUUGCGAGUAUGGGGUUGCCGGCGCUUACUAUCCAUAGCGUGGUCAAGUACUCCGGGCGGAUGUUGAAGGGUUCUAAGGUCACGUUUUUGAGGACGUGGGCGCCUAUUGGGCUUGGUUUGGUUGUUGUUCCGUUUCUUCCUUAUAUAUUCGAUCAUCCUGUUGAGGAGGCUGUUGAUUGGGCUUUUGGCACCGCGCUCCGUAUUUAUGGAGGUGAGGAUGCUGUGCGUCCGCUGCCCGCGCAUGCUCGUGAAGAGCAUGCUGAUGGCGCGGCGGAUAAUGGCGCCGUGACAACGGCCGCGUCGAAGCUUUCUUGGGAGGAAUAUAAGGCGGAGAGGGAGAGUCUGCGCGAGAUGCGUCGUGAGCAGAACGCCGGGAAGUGGUGGUCCGUGCUUGGAGGUUGGUCGAAGGGUGAUGAGAAGAGCAAGAAAGAGUAA